AUGAACCCCGCAGGAAGGUCAUUCCUCACAACGAGGCUCGCCACUGCCACUAGGAUUCAGCCCUUCCGGACAUGUCAGUCCGUGGGCGCCCGCUACCUGACAACACCCUCCACCCCCGCUCCUCAAAAAGACCAAAAGUCAACUUCAAAACCGAAAGAGAAGCCCAUUAUUUUCAGUGGGAUCCAACCGACAGGAAAUCCCCACCUGGGGAACUACCUCGGCGCAAUCUCAAACUGGGUCCAGCUCCAAGAACAAGCCCAUCUGGACCAGGAAACCCUUCUCUUCUCGAUCGUCGAUCUUCAUGCGAUUACUAUGCCCCAGGAUCCUAAAAAGCUUCGUGAGGAUCGAAAGAAUAUGGCAAUUACGCUGUUAGCUUGUGGCGUUGAUCCUAAGAAGGUUGUUUUGUUUGAGCAGUCUAAGGUCUCGGGACAUGCGGAGCUGGCCUGGAUCUUGAACUGUAUAACACCCGUCGGAUGGCUCGCCAGAAUGACCCAGUGGAAGUCAAAGCUCGGUGUAACAAAGGGAGCCCAGAGUCUAGAAGACGUCAGCGCCACCCAAGGUCUCCAACUCGGUCUCUUCGCCUACCCCGUCCUCAUGGCCGCCGACAUCCUUCUCUACAAGGCAACAAAGAUCCCAGUCGGAGAAGACCAGAUCCAGCACCUGGAGCUGGCACGCGAUAUCGCUACCACUUUCAACAAAACCGUUCGCAAGCCUUAUUUCCCCCUCCCUCGUCCCAUCAUCACGGAGACGAAGCGCGUAAUGUCGCUGAGGGACCCAACAAACAAAAUGUCAAAAUCAGACCCCUCCGACCAAACACGCAUCAACCUCAUCGACUCCCCCUCCUUAAUCUCCACCAAAAUCAAACGAGCAGUAACAGAUCCCAUCCGUGGAAUCUCGUACUCCCGCACCGAUCGCCCUGCACUCGCGAACCUUAUCGAGAUCUAUGCUGGCAUGAAGAAGGUCUCGAUCGACGAGGUUGUAAAAAUGCAUGAGGGGGAUUCGAAUGCGGCGUUUAAGGAGGCCCUGACGGGGGUUAUUGUUGAGGCUUUGGGACCCAUUCAGGAAGAGAUGAGGAGGUUGGAGGGGGAGAGUGGGUAUGUUGAGGGGGUGUUGGCGGAUGGUGCUAGGAAGGCUGGGGAGAUUGCGAGACCAAAUUUGGAGAUGGCCCAGAAGCUUAUGGGUCUUCGCUAG